CGCCAUGAACAGUGUCGGGGAGGCGUGCACCGACAUGAAACGAGAAUAUGACCAGAGCUUCAAUCGCUGGUUUGCCGAGAAGUUCCUCAAAGGGGACGGCUCCGCGGACCCGUGCACCGACCUCUUCAAGCGCUAUCAGCAGUGUGUUCAGAAAGCAAUAAAGGAGAAGGAGAUUCCUAUUGAAGGACUGGAGUUCAUGGGCCAUAGCCAAGAGAAGUCUGAAAGUUCUUCUUGA